AUGGCAGGAAGAGGUGAUAUCACGGUUGAUAGCGAAUCAGAGAACAGUGAACAUCACACACCAAUUCCUACAUCCACGAGCGUUGCGCAGACCAUUGUGUGGACAAAAAAAGGCGCAAUCUGCUUGCAUGCCAUGACUACUGGCGCCCGCGCACUGGCGCGCCACAGAGGUACUGUGUAUGCAUUUACAGUAGUCGGUGCUGCUCGUGCGGAGGCAAACGCAGCACUGAUCCCGCUGUGCGGACAUUCACUUGCGCUGGCCAAAUGA